AUGGAAGUCGGUAACGGUAAAUUCAAGAUAGAAGAACGAAUUUUUUUACUCGUUUCGUAUCUGCGGUUGGAUGCCGACUAUGCCCCGAUUUUUGCUGACUUCCAGGCACGCUUUCCGAAUCGACCAGUACCUUCUCGUCGUAAUGUGACAAAAUUGUAUAAUAAGUUUCUUCGAACGGGUUCUGUAACAGACGCACCGCGUUCCGGUCGACCAGUAACAGUCACAAUACCUGAAAACAUGGAGACGGUGGCGCUAUCUCUUGCCGAAGAUGGAAAUCCGUCUGCCCGUAAACUAUCGAUGCAAUUAAGCAUUUCAGAUAGGUCCCUGCGUCGCAUGCUGAAACGAAUGCAUUAUAAAGUUUAUCGCCCGCGGCUCGUGCAAGCAUUACAUGAGGAUGACUUUGAUCGCCGGCUUGAAUUUUGCGAGUGGUACCUUGGCUGCUUAGAAGAGGACCCGCAACUCUAUAAUAAGAUUUUGUGGACAGAUGAGGCGACUUUUAAAUUAAAUUGUACAAUCAAUCGACACAAUUGUGUUUAUUGGAGUACGGACAACCCAAACAUGUGCACUGAGAAACAACUGAACUUACCGGGCGUGUGUGUUUGGGCUGGAAUUCACACCACAGGGUUAGUCGGGCCGUACUUUUUUGACAACACUGUCACUGGUCAAACGUACCUAGAUAUGCUGGAGGACCUACGUGGGCAGAUGGAUGAAGACCCUGCACUGGCAAGUAUUGUCCAUUGCAUGCAAGACGGCGCCUCACCGCACUACGCGCUCAUUGUGCGUCAGUUUCUAGAUGCAUGUUUCGGUGAUUGGAUUGGUAGGCGUGGAAAAAUUGAGUGGCCAGCACGAUCCUGUGACCUAACACCCUGCGAUUUCUUUCUCUGGGGCCUACUGAAGGAUCGCGUCUUUUCCAGGAAUCCGCUCACGCUCCCAGACUUAAAAAAAUCAUCGAGGAAGAAUUUGACGAACUCCGGACACAGGUCGAAAUCCUGCGCCGCACAUGCCGUUCUGUGGGCUCUCGUUGCCGCAGUUGCAUCGAAAAAGAUGGUCAUCAGUUCGAGCAUACCCAGUGAUUUUUUGUAA